AAAUCUUUGUGCAUUUAUUUGCAAAAGCAAAUGCCAUUUAAUGGAUACAUUUUAUCUCAGGAAUCACAUUACACUGCAAGAUUUAUAAGACUGUGUAUCUAUACACAACCUGGUGUCACUUUAUUAGGUAUACCUUUAUGCUUGUUAUUGCAACAAUCUGAUCAAUCUCUCAGAAAACCAAUGUAUACUUAGCUUUUACACAAUUCUUAUUAAUCAAUCGGUUAAUUUUAUCAUGCGAUUAUUGCAGGUCUUAUCACCAAAGUGUGGUUACGUUUUGAAACAGCAAAAGCUUAUAAGCACUGAGCUGUAAUCAGGUCUUCCUUUCAACUGUCUCAGUGCUGUUGCAUCAAUAAAACUGAUCUAAAAGCAGCAGUGCAAUUUCUAAAGUUAUCUUCCUGAUAUGCAUCCCUUGAAUCACUGUAUAAAACACGAAGACAACUCCUCAGUAGUCCUCAGAGCAUGACUGAACUAUAUCUGCAAUGAGCAUCCUUUGGCUUAUAGCUGUUCUGCUACUGCUGCAUUACUGUGCUUCAGGUGUCUGCAUUGUUGGCGGAAAAGUCUCCAUUCCACACAGCCGACCACACAUGGUUUACGUUCAUGACUCAGAAACAAAAGAAUCAUGUGGUGGUUUUUUGGUAAGAGAGGAUUUUGUGAUGACAGCUGCCCACUGCAAUAAGAAUCAUCUCAUGGUGUAUUUGGGGGUCAGCAACACACACCAUUUACCUGUUGGUGUGGUGGUGCAUCCCAUUCCACAUCCAAAAUUCAAUAAGAGACAACCAGGUCAUGACAUCAUGCUUCUAAAGCUUGAAACCCCAGCAACUUUGAACAAGACUGUAAAAACCAUCGCACUGCCAAAAACUGAGAAUGAGGAAAUCUCAAAGAACUGCAUGGUCAUGGGUUGGGGUCAGCAGGAUUAUGAUAAAAUGUCUCCAUCAUGGGUCCUCAAAGAAGUAAACGUGACUCUCUUAGACUCCAAAAAUUGUGGCACAAAUGACACCAUAUGCACUGAAGGAUAUUAUGGGCCUUCAUCGGGAGACUCUGGGGGACCACUUGUUUGUGGAGCUGUUGUCCAGGGCAUUGUAUCUUAUAACAAAGAUGAGUCAAAAAACAUCUACCGCUCAAGGUACACCUAUAUUGCCCACUACUUUACAUGGAUUUAUAGCAUCAUAUACCAUAGAAACAUAAUCCCGCCUACUCAAGAAACAAAGCAAAAUGAGAAGCUGAUUGAACUGAUAUCACUAUGUUUGCGUUAAUGUUCCAUUUCAUAAUGGGCAGCAGAACAAUUGUGUGAUUAGUGUAAGUUCAGAAUAAAGCAUAACUAUCCCCCCAAUCGUAUUACACCGUUUCAGUUUGCGGCUUCCAUAAACAU